AAGAUUAUGACGUCAUAACGGUAUAUUGAUUAUGACGCAGAUGCUUAGAUACGUGGUGUGUAAACAGAAAUUACACAUGUACAUUUUGUAAUCGGCUUUGAAUAUUCUGCCAAUUAAAUAUAAUGAUAUAAAGCACAAGAUUGACAAUGACACCGUACAACUACAAAACGCAUCCCGAAACAUCGCUGAGUCAAGGCAGCAAAUACCACAAAGCCCCAUGGAAACUGAUGAAGGCUUCGGUGUACUACGGAGCGCACACCCUGAUAGGAACCAUUGAGGCGAAAGCCGUGCUUUGUCGCCUAUGCAGAGACUUCGUUCGGAACAUCGAAGCCAACGCAUUCUGGAUGUUGUUUGGCGGCCUGAUUGUGCUGUUCAGUCUCUUUAACAUUUUGCUGGCCGCGUCCGUUCGCCGCCUGUUUUCCACUCGAAACGGGGUCGUCUCGGCCAAAGAGAACUUGUGGUACUGCGGGAACUGCGUUGCAAAGGUCACUAGGUCCGGCGCAGUGUAUGGCUACAUGUAAAUGUUGUUUAUGUUUAGGAAAGGACAAACACACCUAAAGACUUACUAAAUUUAUUUCACAUUUAAAAAUAUUUAAAAUAAGACUGAAUGCAAGCAUUUUAAUUAUUUGAUUGGUCUAAUAAAUGUCUGUAUUAA